GAUACGAGCGAGUCACCUGUUUGUUUUAGUUGCCUACGAACAACACAAAAGGAUAAAUAACUAACGAUCUGUAUGCGUGCAGAAUGCCAACAAUGCAUAAAGGUAUCUUACCAAGUCUAUGCUGAAUAAACUGCAUUCGGGAGUACAAUGAGCGAGAAAGAAACUUUGUAAUGGCUGUCUAGAUGAGUUUGGUAUGGACUUAGUUCCGCGUCGUCAGUAGAACUUCAAUUGGGAUUCACGGCCUAUUUAAUUAGGGGAAUUGAUUACAAGCCAUUUUAUAUUUGAAGAAUUCCUGCCAUGAUUUGUUGUGCAAAUUUUGCUUAUGAUAUUAUUUUAGAAAGAAAUAUUUAUAAAGUAUUUUCAAAAGAAGAGGGUUCGUAUUCAUUUUCAUUGAAGAAAAAGCGUCUACGCAAAAGAUGAUGAUUGUUUUAUACAGAUGUGUGCGUCUAUAUUUUGCUCAAAAUUAAGGGUCAUUGCAGAGCCUUGUCCACUAUAAACCGUUGAUUGCAAUAAAAUUAAGCAUGAACAGUUCAAAAGGAGUGGGAGAUUCUUUAAAAGAUAGUUAUUUGCUUGAUCGAGUCACAAGACCAAAAACUGCUGCAGGAUUUUCCAGAAAAGGAAUCAGUGGAAUAAAGAGGCCUUCAAGUGCUGGAACAACUUGGAAAAAUCCAAAUGCGGUGGCUUCAAAACCCAAUAAAAAGUUCAAUGUCAGUCUGAGCCACACAUCAUUUGAGUCAGGAGUAAGCAAGAGAGCUCCAUUUGCACCAAGGUCAUUUCUGGGACAAACGUCCCAUGAAAUGCCAAAAGUUGUAAAUGGCAAAACUUUUGCAAUGAAAGAGUAUAAUCCAUUGGAAGAUCCCCAUCUGUCAGAUUAUUAUGCCAGAAAACUUGGACUUUUGCCUGGUCUAUCAGAUUCAGCCAAAAAGAAAUCUGCUGAUGGGAAAAAGAAAGCUAAUACCACAUACUUAAUCAGUGUUGUAACAGGCAACAAAAAGGGUCAAGGAACAGAUGCAAGAGUUUUUGUUCAAAUAAGAGGGACAAAAGGAAAACUUUCUAAACAGCAUUUGACAAACAAAGCCCAUGCUGAUGCAGUAGCCGUGCUUCAUGGUGAAAAUUCUGUUUUCAAAUUUGCUCCUGGAACAACUGAGAAUUUUGCCAUACGUGGGCCUGAUGUUUCUGAUCUUGUGGCUCUUGAAAUUGAACAUGAUGGAUUAGAAAGAAAACAGGCCUGGUUUCUUGAAGAAGUUAGAAUAACCAACGAAAAGAAUAACAAGACUUACAUCUUUCCUUGUCACUCUUGGCUGUCCUUGUAUGAUGGUGAUUGUCAGGUCAAAAGAGUUCUAAAACCUGCUUCUAGUGGCAGUGCAGAAAGAAUCAUUUAUGAAGUUGGAGUAUACACUGGUGACAAAAGAGGUGCUGGCACUGAUGCGCAUGUUUUUGUGACAAUAUUCGGAGACCAUGGACAAACACCUAGGGUUCAGUUAAUUAACAGGAGUGUAGAUACCUUUGAAAGAAGCAAAACCGAUGUUUUCAAAAUAAAGACGAAGUCAUUAGGAAAAUUACAAAAACUAAUCAUCGAACACGACAAUGCUGGAUUCGCUCCCGGCUGGUAUCUUGACAAGAUUGUUGUAAAAAAUUUAUCAAACGCAAAAGAAGUAUAUUAUUUUCCAUGUGGUAACUGGCUAUCAAAAGACGAGGGCGAUGGGCAAAUUGUUCGGCAACUUUUGGGAACAAGAAAUCUUGAUAAUAUAACAGAAGCCCAGAAAUACAAGAUAAUGACCCAUACUGGAGAUGUGCGAGGGGCUGGAACCGAUGCAAACGUACAUAUCACAUUGUUUGGAGACAAAGGUGACACCGGCCAGCACAAACUAAGCAAUAAAUGGAAGAAUAAUUUUCAGAGAAAAAGCGUCGAUACAUUUAUGGUUGAAACACCGAUGGUUGGAUCGUUAAAACGAGUUCGAAUCGGCCAUGACAACAAAGGUUUAGCUGCCGGAUGGUAUCUUGACAAGGUUGUAGUGGAGGAUGGAGAAGGGAAGACCUACGAGUUCCCAUGUAAUCGAUGGUUGUCAAAAACAGAAGAUGAUGGCAAGAUAUCGCGAGACCUGUUGUUGUCAGGAUCAUCAGAAAUGGAAGGAUCAGCGGGAAUCCCGUAUCACAUUCACGUGGUAACUGGUGAUGUAAGAGGGGCUGGGACCGAUGCAAAUGUCUUCGUCAUUUUGUUCGGAGGCAAAGACGGAGAAACAAACAGUGGCAAGCUCUUCCUUGAAGACGACAGCAAAAAUAACUUUGAGAGAGGGAAGACCGACAUUUUCACUGUGGAAUGUGCUGAGCAAUUUAGCCCGUUGCAUCAUCUCAGAAUUGGUCAUGAUAAUUCGGGUCCUGCCUCGGGAUGGUAUUUGGAAAAGGUCCUCGUAGACAGCCCUAGCACUGGAAUUGUUCAAACCUUCUUUUGUCGCCAAUGGUUAGCAGAUGACGAAGGUGAUCGUUUGACUGAAAGAGAUUUAAUUGAAGAUAUGGACUGGAGACAGCAAAGGGAAAUAAAGGAAAUCUGGAACGUUACAGUUUACACAAGUGACGUCAGAGGGGCAGGUACUGAUGCAAAGGUUUUAAUGGUUCUUUAUGGGACCGAAGGAAAAACUGAGGAGAUGACACUUGAUAACGAAACGAACAAUUUUGAAAGAGGAAGUGUAGAUAAGUUCAAAAUUGAGGUGAAAGAUAUUGGAACACCAUACAAAAUCAGAAUCUGGCAUGACAAUGCGAAGCCGUUCUCUGACUGGCACCUCGACAAGGUUGAGAUGGAGAGUGUCACUCGAGGGGGAUUCUAUACAUUCAACUGUGGACGAUGGCUAUCUACAAGUGAAGAUGAUGGCCAGACAAUGCGAGAGCUCCCAGCAGAAGGCAGUGGCGUCAAGGCUGCUCCAAUUUUGAAAUACCCAAUUUCUGUUCUCACGGGCAACAAAAGAGGAGCUGGAACAAAUGCAAAUGUUUUUAUUAAUAUUUUUGGCGAGCACGGGGAUACUGGUCCAAGAUCGCUGAAAAAAUCACAAAAUAGAAAUAAAUUUGAAAGAAAUCAGGUCGAUGAUUUCGAAAUCGACGCAGUUCGUUUGGGCGAUUUAAAGAUGAUUCGAAUUGGUCAUGAUACUUCCGGUGUGGGAGAUGCAUGGUUCCUAGACAAAGUCCUCGUCAAAGACCCCGAGAAAGCCGAUAAAAAUUUCACAUUUCUUUGUAACAGGUGGCUAGCCACGGAUGAAGAUGAUGGAAAGACUAUUAGAGAGCUACCUGUUGGGGAGCACGGAACGCUGCUUAAAACCACAACUUACCGUGUUUCCGUGAAGACGGGCGAUGUUCGUGGUGCAGGGACAGAUGCAAAUGCCUAUAUCAAACUUUUUGGCAGCAAUGGAGACAGUGGUAAAGUUACCCUAAAGCAAUCUGAAAACACGAAAAAUAAAUUUGAAAGGGGAAGAGUCGAUGAGUUUGUUGUCGAAGCAAUGGAAAUAGGCGAGUUGGAGAAACUGUUGAUUGGCCACGAUGGAGCAGGGAUUGGCUCUGGUUGGUACAUCGACUCAGUGACAGUUGGAAUUGAAUCUCUUGGGAAGCAUAUCGUGUUCCCUUGCAACAGAUGGCUGGCAACAGACGAGGAUGACGGGGCAAUAGAGCGGGAAUUAUAUCCUGUCGAAGCGACAGUUUUUGAAAAGAAAAUCCCUUAUGAAAUUGAAGUCCACACAAGUGAUGUUCGUGGCUCAGGGACAAAUGCAAAUGUUUUCAUUGUUUUGUAUGGCGAGAAAGGAAAGUCGGAUGAAUUUUGGCUUAGAAACAAAACUGACAACUUCGAAAGAGGCCAAGUUGAUAAAUUUAAGGUUGAAAGUGAUGAGAUUGGACUAAUCACAAAACUACGAGUUGGGCAUGACGAUUCAGGAUUUGGUGCUGCCUGGCACCUGGAUAAGAUUAUAAUUCGAAAGUUGCAAGAAGAAAAUAAAAAGAAGAAAAAAAGAAAGAAAACAUCGGUAGAAAGCAGUGCAGAAGUUGGUGAUGAAGAUGAAUGCAACUAUUUCUUUUUUGUCAAUAAAUGGUUCGCCAAAAAUGAAGACGAUGGUCAAAUUGUCCGGGAACUUGUCCCUACAGAUGAAACUGGAACUAGAUCUCGAAGUGGUUCAUUGCCAGCCACCCCAUACACCAUCCGGGUAUUCACUGGUGACGUCAGAGGAAGCGGAACGAAUGCAAAUGUAUUUUUGACUCUCUAUGGAGAAAAUGGGGACUCAGGUGAAAGAAAACUGUCCAAAUCGGAGACCCAUGUGGAUAAAUUUGAGCGAAAUCAGGAGGACGUGUUUAAAAUGGAGUUCGUUUCUCUUGGAGAACUCACCAAAGCUAAGAUUCGCCACGAUAAUUCCGGGUUAAAAUCAUCUUGGUUCUUGGACCGAAUUGAAGUCACUGACGAAAAAGAACACAAAAGUUUCUUUUUCCCGUGCAAUCGCUGGCUUUCUACGAGUGAAGAUGAUGGUCAAAUCUGUCGCGAACUAGUACCAGUAGAUAAAACUGAUUUUGAGCGGAGGAAGAGCCGAAGAAUGUCUCGCAGUGGUAGCAAAAUGUCAGUGGCAGCCGGAGAUGCUGUUGAUCUCGAACAAAAAGCCGCCAUGACUACAUACGAGGUUAAUGUUACAACUGGUGACGUCAAAGGAGCUGGCACGGACGCCAAUGUCUACCUUACUCUUUACGGAGAAUCAUCAGAUACAGGAAAAAUACAACUGAAGACAUCGAAGACAUACAAAGAUAAAUUUGAAAGAAAUCAGACUGAUAUUUUUAGUGUUGAGGCUGUUGAUAUCGGGCCUCUGAAGAAAAUAAGAAUUGGUCAUGACAACAAAGGUGGGUUCGCAGGGUGGUAUCUUGACAAUGUUGAAAUUGAUGCUCCAUCUCUGGGGAAGAAGUGGGUUUUCCCGGCAGGUAGAUGGCUGGACAAGGGAAAGGAUGAUGGGAAAACAGAAGUUGAUCUUUACCCAAGCGAGGAUCGGGAAGUGCAAUAUGUGCCACAUGUGCCCUACGAGAUUACUGUAUAUACAAGUGACGUUUCCAGCGCAGGAACCGAUGCCAACGUGUUUAUAACUCUCUAUGGAAUGGGAGGUGUAUGCACUGAGCAAGUUGACUUAACUGAAUCCAAGAAGAAAAAACGGAAAGAAUGCUUUAAUAAAGGAAAUGCUGAUGUAUUUGUCCGUGAGCUCACAGACAUUGGAGAAGUAAUUGAGAAAAUCCGAGUUGGACACGACAACAAAGGGCUGGCUGCGGGCUGGCAUUUGGACAGAGUAGAAAUUCGAAGAUUAAAUGAAGAUGGUUCUGGCUCGACAACUUUCACGUUUCCAUGUAAGCGCUGGCUUGCAAAAGGAAAGGAUGAUGGAGCCAUUGUGCGGGAGCUUGUUCCUGCUAAGAUUGUGGAAGAGACUUUGAAUAAAAAGGGGACGUUGGAGGCAGAGGAAAAGCGGGUAGAUGCAUUGACAAUGCACAAUUACGAAGUUUUUGUUUACACUGGUGACGUCAGAAGUGCGGGUACGGAUGCUAAUGUUUUCCUUACAAUGUUUGGGGAGAACGGCGACACGGGAGAGAGGCCAUUAUCGAAAAGUGAAACACAUAAAGAUAAAUUCGAGCGGGGUCAGGAGGACAAAUUUAAAAUCGAGGCUGUUGAUCUUGGGUACAUUUACAAGAUUUUGAUUCGCCAUGACAACGCACUGCUGAAUCCAUCUUGGUUCUUGGACCGAGUCGAGGUUGUUGAUACCAGUGACGAUGGCAGGAGAUUUACAUUUUUGUGCGAAAGAUGGCUGUCAAAGAGCAAGGAUGACAAGAAAAUCAAGAGGACUCUUUAUGAAAAAUCAUAUGAGGGUGACCGAACCUCGAUCGCUUCCACUGCUACUUCAUUCCGAGGCAGUACAUUCAGCCUUAGCGCAGACAGUGUGGCAACGUCAAGCCCCUCAUCUCCAAGGGGAGGCAACAAAAGCCCUACCUUGUCUAGAAAGGGCUCGAUCUCUGACAAAAGCAGACGGAGCUCUGUUGCUGACAAAAUUUUCAAGGACGAAUUUGAAGGUGGAACGAAAAGGAGGAAGUCAUUGAAGUCUAUGUCAACGGAGAGUCUGCUAGAAACGAUACCGUACACAGUGCGUGUAGUAACCGGGAGCAACGAAGAUGAGGGGACCGCAGCAAAUGCUUAUGUUGUUUUCAUUGGAACUGAAGCCGUUUCUGAGAAGAUUCCCUUGGAACUGGUUGGGAAAGAAGGAUUUUCGUCUGGCUCAGUUGAAAUAUUUUCAGUAGAGGCGCCGGAUUGCGGAGAUAUUAAGAAAAUAGAGGUCGGUCAUGAUGGGUAUAAACCACAGGACUCCUGGUUUUUGGAGGCACUUGAAGUUGAUAUUCCAACCACUGGAAAGAAGUACAUGUUUUCUUGUAAAUGUUGGUUGGGCAAAGACAAAUUAGAUGGCAAAACAUCAAGGGUUUUUACAGUUGGAGAGGACCAAACAGUCACCUACAAACCGAAGAUUCCACAUGAGAUUACAGUUUACACGGGGGACGUCGCCUCAGCUGGCACAGACAGUCAGAUCUCAGUCACUUUCUUUGGACGAGAUGGUACAUCGUCUGAAAUCAAGCUUGAUAAAGGGGAAGACCGUUUUGAGCGUGCUGCAAUCGACAUCAUCAAAUUGGAAAUUGAAGAUAUUGGAACUCCAACGAAGAUCAGAGUUGCAUUGGAUGGGAAAGGAAGUCGACCAAGUUGGUUCCUGGAAAGGAUUCUGAUGCGAAACCUGUUGUCUGAUAAAGUAGCAGUCUUUAAAUGCAACCAGUGGCUUUCGAAGUCUCAUGAAGAUGGUAUGUUGGUGCGCGAGCUCCCUGCCGAAAUCGAAGGAAAGAAAGUCACAGAGGAAACAUCGUACAAAAUCACUGUUGAAACAGGUGAUGUCCGGAGUGCUGGCACCGACGCCAACGUCUUUUUGGUCAUUUUUGGUAACAAAGGUGAUUCUGGCGAGCUAGCUUUGAAGAAUUCUGAAACAAAUCGCGAUAAAUUUGAGAGAGGACAAACCGAUAUAUUCACCUUCAAAAUGCUGAGCUUAGGCCAGUUGCUGAAAAUUCGUAUCUGGCAUGACAACAAAUUCCUUAGAUCGGCAUGGUUCCUCAAGCAGGUCAAGAUCGAAGAUGCAAAUGACAACAAAGUAUACGAGUUUCCAUGUGACAGGUGGCUUGCAAAGAACGAAGACGAUGGUAGCCUUGUUCGUGAGCUGCCAUGCUCAAACUUACAGCAGGAAGUCGAGGCCUCAAACUCGAUUGCAGCGUAUGAAGUAACAUUUGUGACAUCAGACAAGCAAGGUGCCGGAACGAACCAUAACGCUUGGCUAAUAUUCACUGAUGAAACUGGGGAGCGGUCCAAAGAAAUCAUUGUUGAAAAUAAAGCAAAGCAGAAGCUUUUUAGUCGUGGUGAAACGAACACUGUCAAGGUUGUGUCUGCUCCAUUGAAGGCACUGAAGACAUUGGUUGUAGGACAUCGAUACAGGAAGGGGGCAACGCUGAAAAAGAGUACAAGCGAAGAGAGAUGGCACCUGCAUGAAGUCACUGUGAAGGAUAUCCAAACCGAGGAUAGCUUCACAUUCACAUGCAAGCAAUGGAUCGAACCUUCGCAUGGGAAAGAUGGUUCUGUCAAGCUUCAGUGUAGCUCGGUAGACAAAUCGAAACUACGGAAGAGUUUAGAACUGAAACCAAUCCAGUACGAAGUCAAAGUGUACACAGGAGACGUAUCAAGCGCGGGGACUGAUGCCAACGUGUCCAUUAAUAUCUUUGGAGAAAACGGGGAUACAGGCAAGAGACAGUUGACAAAGAAAUUCAGAGAUUUGUUCGAAAGAAACCAAGUUGAUGACUUCAAGAUAGAAGCGCUCGACUUAGGCCAGCUUACAAAACUUCACAUUGAGCACGAUAACAAAGGAUUUGGAGCUGGUUGGUUCCUAGACAAGGUUGUUGUGACGAAUACUUCCACCGGCACGACAGUAGAGUUUCCAUGUUCCCAGUGGCUUGACAAGAAGAAAGGUGACAAACAGAUCGCAAGAGACCUACUUCCAUCAUCAACAUGAUAAUGUACAGCCUCCAUCUGACUCAAAUUGGUAGCCUCUAUCUGAUAGCGAUUGUCUGCUGCCUUUUCUGACUAAAGUCUUUCUGUUAUACCCUUCAAAUCGUUUAUUGGAAAGCAACCCUUAUUUGAAAGUACUUGUCGAUUUAAGUUAUGUCUUUGGAAACUUUUGCCCUUUAAAACAAUGUAAAUACUCCAAAACUUUUAGUAGAUUCAUGGGGACUUGGUAUCGUAGCUUUAAUAUACUGUUUCUUUUUUAUUUAGAGUAAUUUUUAAUUCAUUUAAUCAUUAUGUUAUCUAUCUGCUGUAUUUAUCUUUGGUUCCUAUCCGUCAAGAUAUGUACGAAAAAUAUUUCAAACUACAAGAUCCCAACCGCGACUAACUUGCAUUGCAAGAUUGUCUUAAAGAUUUUUUUAUCUCAAAGUUAUAUUCGAAUAAUCAUCGCCUUACCAAUGAUACUGUAAUCUAUUCAAUUUUUUAAACAACAAAGAAUGUCAGUAGAAUUGUUGACCGAUUCUUAAGAUCGUCGAGAGAUUUCUUAAUCAGGAAGAAAUAAUUUUUGAUGAAAAGUUCAGUAGGUCACAUUAGCUGUACAAUCCGUUGAAGACGCUAAUCUAUAAUAAGCACCCCCCCCCCCUCACCCCAACCAUCCCUCUCCUUCAAAGGGCUAGAUUAAGGCGCUUGUAACCCUUUUAGGAACUGCCAGUCAGUGGAAUGGUGGCUGCUCCCCGCGACAGUUAAUGCACAACAAGGUAUUCAAAAUGUAUCGAUUUUAUGAAAUAGUAUGCACCAUCUUAUAAGUUUGAUAUUUACAAAACUCUAUGGUAAGAUCAGAUUUCGGGGUGUAAUGUAGUAUUCUGUGUAUAUCGUAAAUUAUCAACUUGUUGUUAACGGAAAUUAUCAAGAGUCUCUUUCGCUUUGGUUUAUAAUAAUCACCUUGAUAAUCCUUAUAAGUACCCCCCUUAGAGGGGGGAAUAACUUGCAACUAGCCUCCUACCCUUGAAAGUCUAGGUUCUACCUAGCCUAAAGAAUGCACAAGUAGUUUCGAGCCUUGCCCACCAAAAAGAACCAGCUCUGGCAAUUUUAUACACACAAAAAAUUGAAAAGAUGCUAUAUCGUUAUUGCUACCAUGAAUACGAAAGCAGUGUGCUUUGUGAAUCAAGCAAGAACCUUUUUUCGUCUUUGGUUAAAGGAUAAACAAAGCUAAACUUUAUCUUUCUAGUAUUUAGAGUUUUUCCUUGUAUUUGUAAAUUCAAAUUAAUAGUAAAGAUAGUUACGUACUUACGGACUUCCGCUUUCAUGGGUUUUUCUUGGUAAAAUGACUUAAUAGUUUCAAUUUCAAAAAAAGGAAUUUUCAAUUUUAAACCCCGCUGUAAAAC